AUGCCACCGGCCUAUGAGUUUCGGGGAAAUGACAGGGGAAAUGACCGACGGUCAUCGUACCGCCCCAAGCAAGAGUUCACCUUUCGUUAUCCGCGUCCUGGCACCUCCGAGCGCCCGCUAUUGAGAACUAGAAGAGAAGCAACACCGGAACAGCUGGUAGCCCAAGGAGCGUCGGACAGCAAUCCUGGUCUGAAGUUUGUUUCUCUGGAGAAUCUUAGCGACAGUGAAGAGGCGGAUAUGGAUGUUUCUUCAGAUGACGAUAUGGAAGCGACUCACCCACGUAAAAAACGCGCCACUGAAUCUAACACCAACGCAUCUGCCGCCCCUGCUCCAGCGCCCACCCCCAAGUGGUCUAACCCCGAUCCUUAUACUGCUCUGCCUCCACCGGAUGAGAGUCAGUCUAAACGAGUGGACGUGGUGAAGUUGAUUCGCAAGGCUCGGAUUGCCGCGACUGCGACGCAGCCCGUCCAGACGGAUGCAGUGACGACCAACGAGGAUUUCAUCUCACUUGGUGGGUUGGGCGAUGAUGAAGAAGACAGAAACCCCCCGGAAAACGCGCCCACCGGUCCAAAACGUCAGCUCGAAGGAAGGGAUUCCGCGCUGGGCAGUCGCAAGAGGACAUAUGACGACGAGAUGAAGGGCAUUUCUAAGAAGACUGGGAAGCCGCUGAGUCGGUUUCAUAAUGAUGGUUCGAUAACUGACGAAUGGAGGGUGCGCCCACUUCAAUCGGGUGCGCCGUGGCUUAACCAUAUGGAGCCUACCUUGCACUUGGCUACCAGAUUACACAACGAGAUCUUGAGUUUCUACCACUGGGUGAAGCCUGUGCCUUAUGAACAAAUUGUGAGAGAGGACUUGGUGUCGAGAUUGCAGACUGCGUUCCAGAGCAGGUAUUACGGCGUGCAACUUCGCCCCUUUGGUUCUUUCGCGUCCGGUCUUUACCUUCCCACCGCGGACAUAGAUCUGGUUCUACUUUCGACAAACUUUAUGCGUCAUGGAAUCAAGACUUUUGGCGAGCGAAAAGGUCAAAUCUACGCAUUUGCCGCAUUUCUGAAGAACCAGAACAUAGCUGUUCCCAACUCAAUCGAGACGAUAGCUCAUGCUCGUGUCCCCAUCCUCAAGUUCGUGGACAAGACCACCAGUCUAAGAGUGGAUCUUUCCUUUGACAAUGACAGUGGACUGGUCGCCAAUGAGACGUUCAAGCAGUGGAAGUCUGAGUAUCCUGCCAUGCCUGUCCUUGUGUCUGUGGUCAAACAAUUUCUCCUUCUUCGAGGCCUCAAUGAAGUACCUACUGGUGGGUUGGGCGGGUUUUCAAUCACUUGCCUUGUCACGAGCUUGUUGCAACAUAUGCCAUCUGGCCAUUCGGCGCCAAACUUGGGCAGCAUGCUCAUGGAUUUCUUCGAAUUCUACGGCAAUCAAUUCGACUAUGAGAACGUUGCCAUCCGUUUCAACCCGCCUGGUUACUUCAAUAAGAGGGUCUACAGCUCCCGGGACAAUAACCCUCGUCUCUCGAUCGAAGAUCCCAACAAUACUGACAACGACGUCUCUGGCGGCACACGAGAGAUAGCCUUGAUCUUCCGGUCUUUCGCUGAGGCCUACAAGCGGCUCAAGGCACGCAUGAUCACAACCGCCAGUUUAGAGGAUCCUCAGGCCAGCAUUCUGGAGACCAUCAUUGCUGCAAACUACGACGAAUAUACCGAGCAAAGGUGGCAGCUGCGCCAGAUCUUCGACAAUGAUUCCCGCUUCGCUCAUCUGCAUCAGCCUCCUACACCCCCGCCGCCACCUCAAGGCUCACCCCCCGCCAAUGCUGCUCCGCCGCCCCCUCCCCUGCCUCCCAGUCCCCCCCCACCUGCCCAAGGAGCGAAGGAGAAGGAGAAGGUCACAAAGCAACAAAAGAAACAACAGGCUGCGAGAGAUCGUGCGAUCCGUCUGAGGCGAUUGCGUCCAGACCUUCCGUCUGUUCCCAGUUCCAUUUCCAAUGAACAAGCACUGAGUCUAGGUGGAUAUAAGACCCAGUCAGACAUGGAUCGGGACCUUAUCCAGCGUGAGAAAGAAUUGAACCCGUCUAGCGAAGACUAGUCCAGUCUCAUGACUCAGUCAAACUCAUAGUGUUUGUACAUUUUUUUCAUGGUCACUGGCAGGAGCUCUGAUGUCAUGUGCUUGGUGAUGACAGCGUGUUUCCCCGGGGUGGCAUCUUCCUCUUAUCAAUUAUUUUCGUGUCGUUCUGAGCGUC